CAAACAGAACUUAGUGGCAGUACGACUUAUCAACAGAGAACAUGCGUUUAGUACUAUCGUUCGGACUUCUCGUCCUAACAAAAUUUUCCCAUGGAGACUACAACCAAGAGUUCGUCGUCGUUUCCACCACACCAUCCACUUCAAACCACGUAGUACCCGAAAUCGAAAAACUUCAAAACUACAUCCGCGAAAACAACAAACGCUUAGAAAAACUAGAAUCCCGUUUGGAAAAAAUCUACAACACGUUGUCAAAAGGUAGCCUUGCCACACAACCAAAAUCUCCUAAAACGUUUCCAAGCGACUGCAAAGACGUUCAAGAACGAGGUCACAAAGCCUCUAAUUUUUACUACGUUAAACCUCCUCUAGCUCCUGGUAGCAUUUUAGUUUUCUGCGACAUGGACACAAAGGAUGGUGGUUGGAUUUCCAUUUUAUACAGAUUUAACGGCUCCCAGAAAUUCGACCUUAAAUGGAACGACUAUAAGCACGGGUUUGGAAACAUAGCAGGCGAAUUUUGGCUGGGUUUGGACAACAUUCAUCACCUGACAGGGCACGAAAUGAACGAACUACUGGUGGAACUAACCGACUGGGAGUCGAAAAAGGUCUACGCUCACUACGAUUCGUUUAGUGUUGGGGGUGAAGACGAAGGGUACCUUUUGAAGCUUGUGGCGGGGUACAGUGGUGACGCGGGAGACUCCUUGAGUUACCAUGGUGGUAUGAAAUUUAGUACUGUGGACAAAGAUCAGGAUAUUUGGAGUCGUGGGAGUUGCGCUGCGGCUAAAGGUGCUGGAUGGUGGUACCGCGAUUGUAGCGAAUCGCUCCUUACUGGUAAAUAUUUGAAAAAGGAUGACCCAGCGGUGAAUAGUGCUGUCGGGAUUUACUGGUUCACGUUUCACGGGCAUGGAUACAGCUUUAAAGAAGCGAAAAUGAUGGUUAGGCCACGGACUAGUACCAAUGGGGUACCCUAGGCGUCUAAAAAUGUUGUUUUAAUUCAUGUGUGUAAAUAAAUGUUGCACCAAGUGAUA